AUGAUUUUUGAAGCUUUCACAUGGAUAUGUUUGUUCUUGUUCUUCAUUACUAUAGCCUCUUUCUCUAUUGUUUCUCUCUCGGUUUUUCUUCUGAGAUUGAAGCCAUGGUGUAGUUGUGAAAUCUGUCAAAGUUUUGUCAGUUCAAGAUGGUCCUUGGAGUUCAGUAAUUUGUGUGAUUGGUACUCUCAUCUUCUGCAAAAAUCGAAAACCGGAACAAUUCGUGUUCAUGUUCUUGGUAAUAUCAUCACUGCCAAUCCAGAAAAUGUUGAGUACAUGCUCAAAACAAGAUUUGAUAAUUACCCAAAAGGCAAAAAAUUUUCAUCCAUUUUGGGUGAUCUUCUGGGGAGAGGGAUUUUCAACGUGGAUGGCCAUUUAUGGAAGUUUCAGAGGAAAAUGGCUAGUCUAGAACUAAACAAUCUUUCUGUAAAAUCAUAUGCAUUUGAGAUUGUAGUGUCUGAAAUUCGUUCCAGGCUAUUUCCUGUAUUUUCCUCUUUUGCCGGUAAAGAAAAUGGUGUUCUUGAUUUACAAGACGUGUUUCGAAGAUUUUCAUUCGAUAGCAUCUGUAAAUUUUCAUUCGGACUAGACCCCGGCUGCCUAAAAUUGUCACUGCCCGUUUCAGAAUUUGCAGUGGCCUUUGAUCUUGCAUCAAAAUUAUCAGCAGAGCGCGCAUUGACAGUAUCGCCACUGAUCUGGAAAAUCAAAAGAUUUUUCAAUUUAGGCAGUGAGAAGAAACUGAGAGAAGCCAUUAAAUUGGUUAAUGUCCUAGCUGAGGAGCUGAUCAAGCACAAAAGAAACAUGGAUGUCUCCUCUCAUGAAGACCUUUUGUCGAGAUUCAUGACCAAUAUAGACGACGACAAAUUCCUCCGGGACAUUGUCAUAAGCUUUGUCCUGGCAGGGCGAGAUACCAUUGCCUCAGCCUUAACCACUUUCUUCUUGCUAUUGUCAAAUCAUCCCCAUGUCAUGCUGGCUAUUCGCGAAGAAUCAGACCAAGUAAUGGGGUCGAAAACUCAAGAUCUCGCGAGUUUUAAGCAAUUGAAGGAAAUGCAUUAUCUACAAGCAGCAGUGCAUGAGAGCAUGAGACUAUUUCCCCCAGUUCAAUUUGAUUCAAAGUUCUGUCAAGAAGAUGAUAUUCUCCCAGAUGGUACAUUUGUAGCAAAAGGCACUAGGGUUACAUACCAUCCCUAUGCAAUGGGCAGAAUGGAAACAAUUUGGGGCCCGGAUUGCCUUGAGUUCAAGCCCGAAAGAUGGUUACAAGAUGGGAUUUUCAAGCGAGUAAAUCCUUUCGAGUACCCAGUAUUUCAGGCCGGGUUUAGGGUUUGUUUGGGUAAAGAAAUGGCAUUGGUGGAAAUGAAAAUUGUUGCUUUGUCUUUGAUUAGGCAGUUUGACAUCCAAAUGGCUAACCCAAGUCACACUCUCAAGUUCACGCCGGGCUUGACUGCUACAGUAAAAAAUGGUUUGCCUGUGUUCGUACAAGAAAGGAAUCAAUAG